GCGACUACUUUUGUCUGUUGGCCGAUCUCGGGCUCUGCUGGUUUGUUAUGUAGCCAGCAAAAACAUCAACUCAUGUACCACAGACGGCUGUAAAAAUUACAUAUGCCGUCAGUACAUAACUUUAAAGUAGUGUUUUUAAUCCGUGUGUAGCCAUAUAUGCAUAGUAUCAUAAUGGUCUGUGUAUAUUAGUCGUCGUGAUGUUCCGAUUGGAGGCCUUGUAACAAAACAAACGACUCCUAAGUCUUCACCAGACGGAGCGAUCGGCAUUUAUAUGUAAUUUUUUUGUCGAAAUCCAGGAGGAAAAUGGACACGGAUAAGUUUAAUUAUGUUUACAGCUGCGAUUUGGACAUCAACGUUCAACUCAAAAUAGGCAGUUUAGAAGGCAAGCGAGAGCAGAAUAGCUACAAAGCCCUUCUGGAAGACCCCAUGCUGCGUUUCUCCGGCCUCUAUCAAGAGAACUGCUCGGACCUCUACGUCACCUGUCAGGUGUUCGCCGAGGGCAAACCUCUGGCCCUGCCUGUCCGCACCUCCUACAAGGCCUUUAGCACUCGCUGGAACUGGAAUGAGUGGCUGCGGCUGCCAGUCAAGUACCCAGACCUCCCCCAAAGUGCGCAGGUGGUCCUCACAGUGUGGGACAGCUUUGGGCCUGGGAGAGCCGUCCCGGUUGGGGGCACCACUGUCACCCUUUUUGGCAAAUACGGAAUGUUCCGACAAGGCAUGCACGACCUAAAGGUUUGGCCCGGUGUGGAGGGCGAUGGCGCGGAGGCCACCAGCACACCAGGACGCACCAGCAGCAGUUUGACCGAGGAUCAGAUGGGAAGACUGGCUAAGCUGACCAAGGCUCAUCGGCAGGGUCACAUGGUGAAGGUGGACUGGCUGGACCGCUUAACCUUCAGAGAGAUCGAAAUGAUCAACGAGAGUGAGAAACGCAGCUCCAACUUCAUGUAUCUCAUGGUGGAGUUUCCUCGAGUUAAAACAAAUGACAAAGAGUACAGCAUUGUCUACUAUGAAAAGGAUGGAGAUGACGUGCCGACCUUGCACACCAGCUGUGAAAUUGUUAAGGUUCCUGACCCACAGAUGGGGAUGGAGAACCUGGUGGAGAGCAAGCAUCACAAACUGGCCCGCAGCCUCCGCAGUGGACCCUCUGAUCACGACCUGAAGCCCAACGCUGCGACACGUGACCAGCUCAACAUCAUUGUGAGCUACCCCCCCACCAAACUGCUGAGCUCUGAGGAGCAGGACCUGGUGUGGAAGUUCAGAUACUACCUCACGAUGCAGGAAAAGGCUCUGACAAAGUUCCUCAAGUGUGUGAACUGGGACUUGCCCCAGGAGGCCAAGCAGGCACUGGAGCUUCUGGGCAAAUGGAGGCCCAUGGAUGUGGAGGACUCACUGGAGCUGCUGUCAUCCCAGUUCACCAACCCGACAGUGCGCCGCUACGCCGUGGCACGGCUGCAACAAGCGGAUGACGAGGACCUGCUGAUGUAUCUGCUGCAGCUGGUGCAGGCGCUCAAGUAUGAAAACUUCAGUGAUAUUCAAGGAGGUCUGGAGCCAGGCAGCAAAAGAGACAGCCAGGGACUUUCAGACGACUCCACACUGGACAGUUCCCAGAUCCUCACAGCCACAUCUGGACCCCCCGCCGCCACGCAGAAAGGCAAGGAAGGGGCAGACAGCGAGAACCUGGAGCAGGACCUGUGCACGUUUCUCAUCUUGCGUGCUUGCAAGAACUCAACCCUGGCCAACUACUUGUACUGGUACGUCAUAGUGGAGUGUGAGGACCAGGACACACUCCAGAGAGAUCCCAAGACGCAUGAGAUGUACCUGAACGUGAUGAGGAGGUUCAGCCAGGCUCUGCUUAAGGGAGACAAGUGCGUGAGGGUGAUGCGUUCGCUCCUGGCCACCCAGCAGACCUUCGUGGAUCGUCUGGUGCAGCUGAUGAAGGCUGUGCAGAGAGAGAGUGGCAAUCGCAAGAAGAAGACUGAGAGGCUGCAGGCGCUGCUAGCGGACAACGAGAAGGUGUACCUCUCCGAAAUUGAGCCUAUUCCUCUUCCUCUGGAGCCUCAGAUUAAGAUAAGAGGAAUCGUACCCGAGACGGCGACGCUCUUUAAGAGCGCUCUCAUGCCGGCCAAGCUGAUCUUUAAAACGGAGGACGGCGCCAUGUACCCGGUCAUCUUCAAGCACGGUGACGAUUUGAGACAAGAUCAGCUCAUCCUCCAAAUCAUCUCACUCAUGGACAAACUGUUGAGGAAGGAGAACCUGGACCUGAAGUUGACGCCAUACAAAGUGUUAGCCACCAGCACCAAGCAUGGGUUUAUGCAGUUUGUCCAGUCUGUUCCAGUUGCUGAGGUACUGGCCACUGAAGGCAACAUCCAGAGCUUCUUCAGGAAGCAUGCUCCAAGUGAAAAAGGGCCGUACGGCAUCAGCUCAGAAGUGAUGGACACCUAUGUGAAGAGCUGCGCUGGUUACUGCGUCAUCACGUACAUCCUGGGAGUCGGAGACAGACACCUGGAUAAUCUGCUCCUCACCAAGACUGGGAAGCUCUUCCACAUAGACUUUGGCUACAUUUUGGGUCGAGAUCCCAAACCUCUGCCGCCGCCCAUGAAGCUAAGCAAGGAGAUGGUGGAAGGCAUGGGAGGCAUGCAGAGCGAGCAGUACCAGGAGUUCCGGAAACAGUGUUACACCGCCUUCCUGCACCUCAGGAGGUACUCCAACCUGAUCCUCAACCUCUUCUCCCUCAUGGUGGACGCCAAUAUUCCCGACAUUGCCUUGGAGCCAGACAAGACUGUUAAGAAGGUGCAGGACAAGUUCAGACUGGACCUGUCGGACGAGGAGGCCGUCCAUUACAUGCAGAGUCUGAUUGACGAGAGCGUGGGUGCCUUGUUUGCCGCCGUGGUUGAACAGAUACACAAGUUUGCUCAGUACUGGCGCAGGUGAGCUGGAACGAUGGCCCGGAAACAAAGACAGAAACUGCUGGAAAAGGCCAAGAAUGCAUGACCGACCAAACUGCAAGAUGACUAACAAGGACAUCGACACACAUUUUUAAAAAAAAUAUGCUCCUGUAUAUGUAUGACUGAAUAAAAUGUAAUGAUUUCA